CACAAAUUUUAGGGCCGACAGAGGUGAGAAGAAGUCUCGCAAAAACUGCGACACAAGCCAGGAAGAACUCCUCGCGUUUCUGUCGCUCUACUACGCUCGCCACCACGCCCUAGCGUCAUCCUUUCCCAGCCCAGGAAACACUGGCUCAGACUCGGCCAGAGAGACGCAAGCGGUUGAGAUGAAUACCCAUUCGUCAUUGCAAGAGCGUCUUCGACAACUAUUAUUCCCUCAAUGUUCGCAUGGUCUCCUCAGCAUGGCCCAGAUUUACUCGCCAGCGCUGCUCGUGGGCAUCAUGAAGCAUAUAACGAUUCUCCCAUGGCGGCCGUCCCAGAGCGACGGGUAUAUGUACGUCCAUCCUUUGUUUGCGGAUAUGACCGUCUCGUAUUCAAUCUGCUCCGUUGGGCUGAAUGCGCGGCAAGUCAGGUCAGGUCAUACUUGGCGUGCUCGACGAACUAAACAAAUCUCUACAUUUUGGGGCUCUUAGGCCGCGCAGGUCCUUCGCUCUAUAUGCCCGCAGCCUGGAAGAACGUGGCAAAUAGGCGAUCGCGAUCUGCUACACAAAUAUAUCGCUGCUGGGCUCGAUGUUUGCCUGCCCCAGGUGCCCUAGAUCGUAAGCUCCUGCGACAUACGUCCAAGCAGGGCCGCGCCUGUGGCGCCUGCUACAAAUCUGUCUUCCUUGCGAUAAGCACCGUGAUCGAGCCAGCGACAACGCCAGCUCUCACUUCCCGGCCCGAGGCUUAUGCCUUUCCCACUGCAUCCGGACGUCCGCGCCCUUCUUAGCUGUCCUUCGUAUCGAGCCGAUCGCAAGACGACAGUGCUCUGAGGCCGACCCUCACCUACUUCCAAUACCUGAACGCCUCCCGCGCGAUAAGGCCCUGCUGGCGCGAUCCCUCCGACUCCGCAAUUUAGCCAUAGCGGCACCAAGCCGUCUUACACACUUGACGACCCCGAGGAAGAUGAGGAGAACGCAGAGGCGCCUGGCCAGCGCGACGUGAGCACAACGGACACGCCAGAGGGCCUUGCAGCGCCCAACACUCUACCGUCGGCGCCGACCCCUGCUAUGGCCGGCACAGCUCAGAGGAGGAAAUCGUAUAGCGGCAGGAACGAUUCUCGUUCCCCGCGGUUGCGCUUCGCACCACACCGGCGGCGACGAAAGCGAACGCCGCUGGCGAGGAUGAGACCAAGUGCCGGUCACUAUCGCUCGAGAGCCUCAAGACGAACGGCAAUGAGCUCGAGUGGGCCGUCGCUUCACGAUUGCGAUAGUGUCGCCUUGGUGUUGUAGUAGCCCAAGACCCUCAGAAUAUCCGAUCGACUAGACAUGCGGGCUCGUGAGCCCUCGAGCGCCCAUUCUGAUUGAUUCCUUAUCGCAUCUAUUUCCGAGAGAGCGUAGUCUCGACUCUAAGCAACUGUAACAAGGACAGCCAGAAAGUCUUUAGUGUUAUCAGGCUGCCACCACCGAGACAAUGUCGCAGGGCGGUGCGCAAGAGCACCUUCGCCUGUCUAUCAGAGUUUACGCCACGAAGGCACUCCAUGACUCUAUUCGUCGGCCCAUCUUUGCCUCGGGCCUCCGGCUGCCUUUCCCUAGAGGCACCUGCGCACCCUGCAUUGGACUCAGUGCAAAUCGCUCGCUCGGAGUCAUGUCUGACCACUCUAUCGCCAAGGAGCGGCUCAGCCAAGUGCCAUCUCUCUCGCUACGCGAAGCAGGUCGCACGAGCGCGGAGCGAGCAUGGAUCUACUGCCGCUCGCGCAAGCUCACCACGAAGUGACUGCGCAUGGCUCUACACACCGACGUUACCGUACAUGUUCGGCCGGAAGAAGCGCGAGACGAUGCAUCUGUUCAAGAAUCAUCACCUCGGCACCGGGCUGCUUUCUGUGGCAGGUACGAGUUUUCAAGUUGCAACGCUGAGUACGGCAGACGCGAUAUUCGAUGCUAUGUAUCGAGAUCCUGGCUAACGUGGCACCCUGCUGCGUGUGGACGAUCCGCGGGCGAAGUUCGACGUGGAUAGCCUAAGGCGACUAAAGCGUGGGUACAAAUUUUUCGCGGUGAGUUCCUGGGUGCGUUAUCACUGCGAGCCGCUGUCAUCGAGCAAGAACUAUUCUUUACUGUAAGUUCAAUAAUGCACUUGUCUGCGGCAUUACGAUUUUGUACGGCAUUUGUACCUGGCACGAUAUGGGCCAGAGUAAUUAUGAUGCUCCCCACGACGACGCGUGCUUGUC